UGUGCGCAUGCGCAAAACGACGCACAUUCUUCAAUUUUGCAAAAGCAAGGAGGAGGCCAUUUUUAUUUCUACUUUUGAAUUGUAGUGAACAUCAUGUCUCGUUAUAGCCGUAUUUACAUUGGCCGUUUGCCGUAUCAAGCCAGAGAAAAGGAUGUGGAACGAUUUUUUAGAGGGUUUGGAAGAAUAAGGGACAUCAACUUAAAGAAUGGCUUUGGUUUUGUUGAGUUUGAUGAUUAUCGUGAUGCUGAAGAUGCUGUAUACGAGUUGCACGGCCGUGAACUCCUUGGAGAAAGAGUGAUUGUUGAGCAUGCCCGUGGUAAUAGAGACAGGGAUGAUUACAGGGAUAGGAGAGGUGGUGGUCGUGAUUUCCGUCAAGAUCGUGGGCGUGAUGGACGCUCUAAUGCUUCCAAGUAUGGCCCUCCUCUUAGGACUGAUUUCAGAAUUUUGGUUGAGAAUGUAUCUAGUAGAGUUAGUUGGCAGGAUUUGAAAGACUUUAUGAGAACUGCAGGUGAAAUAACUUAUGCGGAUGCACAUAAACAGAAAACAGGAGAAGGUAUUGUGGAGUAUGCUACAUAUGAAGACAUGAAAAAUGCUAUCAGAAAAUUAAAUGGGACCGAUCUUAAUGGACGAAAAAUAAGAUUAAUUGAGGAUUAUCGUGGACGCAAGAAAAGUCAUUCCCGGUCUCGUUCAAGGAGCAGAAGUAGAUCCCGUUCAAGAUCUCGGUCCAACUCUCCUGAUCGUUCACGCUCUCAUUCUCGUGAGCGAUCUAAUGAUAGAUCAGCUAAUGAUCGAGACCAUUCUCAUGAUGAUGAUGAAAAUGAGCGUCGUUCUCGAUCACGUGAUCGUGAUGAAACCAAUGAUGACAGGAGGUCACCUUCCCCAAGGGAAAAUGAUGAUUCUCAUGAGGGUGUAGGUGAUGAAGAAAGAAGAAGUGCUUCGAGAUCUAAGAGUAGAUCUCCUUCUCCAGAACCAAAUGAAAAAUCAGCAAGUCCUUCUCCCAUUAUUGAAGAAACAGAAGAUUAGAAGAGUGUCUUGUUUAACAGUACUUGGUACAUGUAAUAUAUAACUUUUUAUGUUACUGUUAUGAAUUUUCUGUUUCAUUAGCUGCUAAGCACCUUUGGUCUUGUUUAUUUUGUUAGUCCUAUAUAUUUUGUCUAUUAAAUUUA